GCUUUUUGCGUGGUGUUCAUCACAUUUUAAUCAGUUCAUAUAUUGCGCUACUACUGUCACGAGAUGUUUCGUGCUAGGAACGACUGUUACUGAUAGAAAGGCAUGUUCAAUGUAUGCUUUGCCCUUUGGACCCUAAUUUGAAGAGGCGAUGAUGCACUUGUCACGCAAUCAAUCGACCACCUUCCCAUGUUUCCACAAUGGGUGGGUUGCACCUUCCAAACCAUUAAUUGCCCGUGCCAAGAAUCAACUUUGGCUUCUUCCCGCUUCAUCAGAACCACGUGGGCAAGAAUUUUUGCUGACGAGAUUGGGCAUUGAUUGUUCCCUAUCACAUUGAUUCUACUACAGCUCUGAGCAACCUGGAAAUCGAUAGCCAGGUAUGGAAAGAUAAUUUGAUCCAACUCCUUCGAUUUGUCCAUUUUUACCAUACUCUCUCCGCUACCCCGCCACCAUGUCCGACACCAACAACGAUCAGCUCGUACAGUCGCAGGACCCAGACCACCCGGCAAACCUGAUACCCCGGCUAUGCAGGCAGUUCUACACGCUAGGUUGGGUGACUGGGACUGGUGGAGGUACAAGCAUCCGGAAAGAUGACCAUGUCUAUAUUGCUCCAUCCGGCGUUCAAAAAGAGCUGAUUCAGCCUGAAAACAUGUUCGUUCUGUCUUGGCCUACACCAAAAUAUCCUCCGUCGGCACGCAACUACGUUCGAAAGCCCUUUGAGCUGAAGCCCUCAGCUUGUACGCCCCUCUUCCUGGCAGCGUUUGAACGCGGGGCCCUGUGUUCUAUCCACACCCACUCGCAAUGGGCUGUACUCGUGACUCUGCUAGUUGAAAAGCUACACGGCAAAGACGCCCCCUUUGAGAUCAGCAACAUUGAGCAGAUCAAAGGUAUCCCCAAGGGUCCCAGCAAGGGAAUGCUUGGAUUCCACGACACUCUACGGAUCCCCAUCAUCGAGAACACUCCGUUUGAGGAAGAUUUGACCGAAUGGCUGGAGAAGGCCAUGGAUCAAUAUCCCGACACGUAUGCGGUCCUGGUCCGUCGACAUGGAAUAUAUGUUUGGGGGGACACUCCUGCUAAGGCAAAGACACAAUGCGAAAGCCUCGAUUAUCUCUUCCAGCUCGCCGUCGAGAUGCAUAAGCUUGGUUUGCCUUGGACAUGAGGGCACGAGAUCUUCAAUUCUGAGAUCCACGAUUUGCUUAGCAGGCAUGGCAGAUAUGAAAUGUCAAUGUUGCUAUGACAUUAGUGACUACGUCCUGAACAGCGAGAAUCCAAAUGAGACCUCUUCCAACUCAUAGACAGGCGUGCCAUAGAGGCAUAUAUUGGCUAAUAUCUCUCGAAUUAAUAUCGGCCUCAUGUGUAACAAGGAGCCUAGCGAUUUCUUGGUAGGAAUAUUGACAGGCCUCCAUUAAAGGCGUACACUGGUUAAAAGGCCGAGGUUGUGGGAUGAAAAAUGAUACCAUACGCCUUGGUCGGAGAAGAGAAAGUCUUUGAAAGACUGGUGGCAGAAAUGAACGGAAGGCUCAACGCCAGGCCUGAAGCGAUUGUUACCCGCUUCAUCGAAAAUGAUAGAUUCAGUAGAUUAAAACAGUGGAAAGAAGGUCUACCAGACUUGUUCAAUC